UGUUCACCUCCUGUAACCUAACUGUGCUAACUUAGGUCGGCAAAGGACGAGUUUACUAACUGGGCUGUAAGUAAGUGCUGUUCAAAGGUAUUCCUUGUGAUAGUGCAUCAUGACAGAUGAUGCUAAAGUGAUCCCAGUGCGGGUUGCUUUGCGAUGUCGUCCAUUGGUACCUAAAGAAAUCAGUGAAGGAUGUCAGUGCUGUCUCACCUUUGUGCCUGGGGAGCCGCAGGUGAUUGUUGGCACAGAGAAGGCGUUCACCUAUGAUUAUGUAUUCGAUCCUGCUGCCGAACAAGAAGAAGUUUUCAAUACUACUGUCUCCUCUUUAUUGUCUGGCCUUUUCAAAGGCUACAAUGCUACAGUCCUUGCAUAUGGACAGACCGGCUCAGGAAAGACGUACUCCAUGGGAGGAACAUACACAUCGGCACAAGAGAAUGAUCCUUCAGUUGGAGUUAUUCCACGUGUCAUCAGAAGGAUUUUUGAGGAAAUGGAGAAGACAGGCAGUGAAAUCUGUCUGGCAGUUUCUUACCUGGAGAUCUAUAAUGAAGACAUAUUAGACUUGCUGUGUCCAUCUAAGGAUAAACCUGCCAUCAGCAUUCGUGAAGACCCAAAAGACGGCAUUAAAAUUGUUGGUUUAACUGAGAGGCGGAUGUUCUCUGCACGUGAGAUGGUGGACUGUCUUGAGCUUGGAAACUCUGCUCGCACUGUUGGCUCUACAGCGAUGAAUGCUGCUUCUUCACGCUCGCAUGCCAUUUUCACCAUCACACUGGAGCAGCGUAGAGGGACAGAAAAGAUUGACUCAAUUGUGUCUAAGUUGCAUCUUGUAGAUCUGGCUGGUUCAGAGAGACAAAAGAAAACCAAAGCAGAGGGAGACCGUUUAAAGGAAGGCAUCAGCAUCAAUCGUGGCCUUUUGUGUUUGGGUAAUGUAAUCAGUGCCUUGGGGGAUGAAAGCAAGAAAAACACCUUUGUUCCAUACAGAGACUCUAAACUCACUCGCCUGCUGCAGGAUUCUCUGGGAGGUAAUAGCCACACCCUGAUGAUCGCAUGCGUCAGCCCUGCAGACUCCAACAUGGAGGAGACCAUCAACACCCUGCGAUACGCUGACAGAGCUCGCAAAAUUAAAAACAAACCUGUAGUCAACAUUGACCCCAGAGCUGCAGAAAUGUGCCGUUUGAAACAACAGGUUCAGGAACUGCAGGUAAUGCUGCUUCAUGCCCGUGGAGGAGUAGCUCCAGUGCUCUCUGGGCCCGAGUCAGCGGAGAACGUGACUAAGCUGCUGGAAAGGAACCGUGCUCUGCUGGAUGAGAACAAUAAGUUAAGCAGGGAGUUGAGUGAGGCAGCUGGACAGACCACCCUCAUGUUUGAAAAGAUUAUUGUGACAGAACAGGCAAAUGAGAAACUACAAAGCAAACUGGAACAACUGCAGCGCCAUGCAGCAUGUACAGUGGAUCUUGAGAAAGUGUUGCAGACACUGGAGGACCAGGAAUUGAAGGAGAAUGUUGAGGUGAUGAAGAACCUGCAAGACAUCAUCUUAGAGUUGAAGAAUGAGAGUGCAGGCAUCACUGCCUCUAUUGACAGUAUGGCUGCAGGAGAGGAUGCAGCUGAGCUUUCCGAGAAUGGCAGUAAAAAUGCAGCAGAUGAGUCGCCAUUUGAUGCUACUGCCACUGUUGGUAAGGACUCCCUGGAGACCUUUACAGCCCAUCAUGCACUGCGGCAGGCUCAGCUCUCCAAGGAGCUGAUUGAGCUGAAUAAAGUGUUGAGUUUGAAGGAAGCUUUUGUGAAGAAAAUGUGCCAGAAUGACAGCCAGUUGGAGCUGAUACAAUCUGAACACCAGAAAAAUGUACCAGGGCUGCAGCUUGCAGUUGAUUCUCUGCAGAAAGAGAAAGAGGAACUGGUUUUGGCGCUUCAGUCUGCAAAGAAAGACACUAAUCAGGCUAAGGUUAGUGAGCAGCGGAGGAAGAGGCUUCAGGAGCUUGAGGCCCAGCUUGUAGACAUGAAGAAAAAGCUACUUGAACAGUCCAAAAUGCUGAAACUCAAAGAAUCUUCGGUUCAGAAAGUUAGCAAGCUCAUGCAGGAGAUACAGGCUAUGAAGACCCAGCGUACACAGCUGAUGAGGCAGAUGAGGGAGGACUCAGAGAAAUACAGACAGUGGAAGAACAAGAAGGACAGGGAGGUACUGCAACUAAAGGAGAAGGAUCGUAAGCGCCAGUAUGAGUUGAUUAAACUUGAGAGGGAUUUCCAGAAACAGGCCAACAUCCUGCGUCGUAAAACCGAAGAGGCUGCAGCUGCCAACAAGCGGUUGAAAGAUGCCCUACAGAAGAGAAGUGAGGUGGCAGAGAAACGCAAAGAUGGUCAAAACAAAGGAAAGGAGGGAGCUGCUGCAAGAGUUAAGAUGUGGCUUCUCAAUGAAGUAGAGGUGAUGGUUAGUACAGAGGAAGCCCAGCGCCACCUCAGUGACCUGCUGGAUGACAGAAAGGUCUUGGCUCAGGAGAUCAACCACCUCAAACAGCAGAUCGAGUCUGGGGACAAGCCUGCUCCCAAAAUCAGACGUCGGACCCUCAUCAUCUCUGAGCUAGAGACUCAGGGGGCCCUGGAAGCACCUCUGGCCAAACAGAUUGAGAACCUGCAGACUGAAAUGGACCUGCGGAACGCCCAGAUCGCUGACCUCCAGCAGAAACUUCUGGUCGCAGACAGCGAGGGGCGUUUGAAACAGCGCAUAGAUGGAAUCACAAGCAUCGUGGAUGCCAAGUGUGCUGUCAAAAUCUUGAUGUCUGAGCUGGUGUCUGCUAAAACAGCCAGUGCCAAGCUGGAAAGCGAACUUAAACAGGAAAAAGGAAACGCACAGGAUCUGAGGAAGAUGCUGAUUGAUGAGAGAAAUGUGAUGUCAACCAUGGACAUGGAGCACCAGCAGCAGCUGGUGGAGCUGGAGCAGAGGCAUCAAGAGAAGGUGCUUUACCUGCUUAACCAGCUACAGAACAAGCCCAUAUGUGGAGAGUCUGAUGAAUCAAAGCAGAAUGAUGAGAGUUCAAAGGAGAAGGGGCUUCUACAGCGCCUCAAACUUCAGGAAGAAAAGCUGCAAGAAUUGAGUGAGCAGAACCAGAAACUGGUGGAGCAGAAUGAAAAAUACAGACAGGAGCUCACUGUGGUCAGUGGAAAGAAAGUCCUUGUACCCACGACCAACAAUGAGAGGAACCCAGAGGACUCAUUUGAGUAUGUUCCUCAAAAGCCUAAAGGGAAGCGCUUCACCACAGCUAAAUCACAGCAGAAAGUGACCAUCAACCUUGAAGAUCUGAUUUCUCCCAGUGAGGAUGAGGAGGAGGAGGAAGAGGAUGAGUGGUGCCCUGAGAAACCUGAGAAGGGACGCAGAAUCUCAAAGAAACCAAAAGCAACUGGGUGUGCGUGCAAAGGUCACUGCAGCAACAAGCUGUGCAGAUGUCGCAAAGGAAAGAUGACAUGUGGGCAGAACUGCCAAUGUAAUCACGAGAAAUGUCGAAACAUGGACGACCAGGCGCCUGCUGAGAAUCUGAAAGAGACAGAAAGCGUCCUCAGAGAUUCGUUGUUUCUUCAAGACCACGCAUCCAUCAGCCCUGACAACGCCACAUUCUUCAAACCACCUUCUUGUACACCCACCAAGAAGGUGCUAAAAGAAAUCGGAGACAUGGGACAUGACACUACAGGCCUGAAGUUGGAAAGAAAACCUGUCUUGCCAGAGGAAGAGAAGGAGGAUGAGGAGGAGGAGGAUGAGAAAGCCACUGUAAGCUUCCUGAAGAGGAGGAAACGAAUCCUGACAAGUUUUCAAGACAGUUUUUUCUCUGGAUGCACUCCGAUCAGAGAGGAAUCCUAGUGCGCUCGGAGCCCUUUUGGGGUUAGUUUGUUUUUUAACACAGUAGCUGUUCAUAUGUGUUGGUAGUCUUUUAUAUGUGACUGAGCUACAACUUGGAAGUAGUUUGACUAUCAAUAAAAUUGCCUUUUUUUUAAACUGGAAUCAUAAUGAGAUGCUCUUGAAAUUUUCCUGUACAUAAUCGUUUAGUUUAAUAUGUCAGGCUAAAUUUACUUUGCUAGUAUGUAAAAUGAAUAGUUCACAGUCUACAUUCACACAAUUGCACUCUUCAACACAACACGAUAAAACUGUGUCCUAGGGAGCAGCCUGUUGGUUUUCACUGCUUCUAGUGUGAGCUGAAUAAAGUCUUAGUCAAAUCUUGUUUGUAAAAGUUUGACUUUUUUUGUGUUUUGUCUCAACAUGUAGCAGUUUUAGCAGCUUCUUAGCCUGCUAAUGGAAAAUUAUUUAAUUAUUCUGUUAUGAAUGUUUUACUUUUGAAUCACUUUCAUUGCUGUUUCUCAGCAGCACUGGGUCUUCAAUGGAAACUUUUUGAAAUGCAUCAAAUAAAAUAAACUCAGAAGCUGUAUUAAUUAUGUAUGCUUAUCUAAGUUUGUU